GGUCCAUUUGCGUAAAUCGACAUACCACUCUUCUGUGUUCCAAGGGCGAAUAACUCAUUCGCGGUAUAAUUCGAAGCGCAAGAUGACGUUCGCGUUCUGACUUGGAACCGAAACAUGUUAGAAGAGAACACAAAAACAAAAUUUCACGACUGUUCAAAGUCAUCGUCGGGAUCUCCAUUGUUUUAUCGGAAACAAAACAGUAGAUAUGCAGACAGGUUUCCGUGCAAGACAUCUGACUGGACAACAGACCACCUUCUACAUCUCGGCAUUGACUACGCAGAAACCUCCAGUGAUCUGCCAUCAUUUAUGCUUCCUGUAAAAGAAAUUUACAGAAAGAAGCACGGGGUAGAAGGCGACUUACCAGACGUGUAUAAAAACCUAUUGCAGUACACAAAAGACAGGUGGAAUUUUUCAUUUGAUUUUCAGAAGGAGACUCGGUCGACUGACGAAAGUGCGGUUCAGAAUGGAAUAAAACAAAGUGUUGAUGCUAUAAAGUCACUGAAAGAGGACCGCUUGAAGCAGCACGAUUGGGCAAGUCUUGAUGUGUACAUGAGAUGGAGACAUAAUCUGGUUGACUUCUGGCACCAUUUUGUGAUGCUUCUUAGAAGAUGGAGAAAAGAAUGGCCAAAAGAGGAACGCUACACAAUACUGUUGAUGGCUUUCUCCCGAGUUUGCUUUCUUGUUCCGGAGCUUGGACAGGCCUACAGUGAAUUGUUUACCAUCAAAGAUUUGACAGUUCGAGGUAUGCCUGAAGUACGGUUUAUGGCAGCCCCUCCAUUAAAUGUUGAUCGAGCAGCGUCGUAUGAUUCACAGAUCCUGAUUGUGACAGAGGUGAAGGAGUUUGAUUCUCUCCGGGUUGAUUGCAAUGCAGAAAAUUUCUCAUUGAGAAAUGUGUCCAAGAAAGUGUUAGGUCAACAUGGGAUUAAACUCCUGAUGGAAAGGAGCAGCUCUUUUUUCUUCCCCGGUGUGGUUGGAAUUCUGUGUAUUGGAACUAAAAUGAUUUUGUCCUACUUAAACAUUACACAGGAUCAUUACUUCAGGAUAAAAGAGAAAGGAAAAGUUGACAGCAAUACCAAGGCUACAAUAUCAUAUACCCGACCAUAUGAUAUCCUGAAUGUUCAUGACCGACUGGAAAUCAUGGAAGCAUUAUUCUGGUUUGGCAUUGUACAAUCAAAAUACAUUGCUUGAAUUUAACAUAAUGUGGUAUAUAUACAGUGUAUAAUUUAGAAAUUAUGAGUUGAGAUAUAGAGAUGUACAAACUGUGUUUUAAAUAUAAUGUGAAAUAUAUCCAUGGAAAUUGAGACAUAAAGGUGUUAAGUUGUACAAGUUUUUAGGUCUAGAAUUUGAUCUGCACAUUUGUUUUCCUCCCACCAUUAAAAAAGGAAGUACUUGGAGCAGUUCAGUUUAUCUUUAAAAAGUAUGUGUAGUUAUUCAUGUAGGAUCAUUGUAAUGAAGAAAGUUCAACUCUUGUUUACCAAAUCUUCUACAUGUGUGUAUAUCAUGUGAGACAGUAUUUCAAGUACCUUAGUUUUGUGUUUUACAUUUGAACAAAUAUCGGUAGCAAAUGUAUUCUGUGACACCCCCCCCCCCCCCCCCCAAAAAAAAAAACACCCCCCCCAAAACACCUGUUAUAUGAUAUUGAAAUGAUUAUGGUCAUAUGGAGUGCAUUGACUUUUCAACAAAAAUGAUGUUUGUAAUAUAUACCACUAGAGCAAAACUUAUCCUAGAUAAGGAGACGUUAAGAAACACGGAAAAUCAUGUCCAACCAUGAAAGUUAAUGCUCAAAUGAGAGGCUUUUUAAGCUAAUGGUUUGGAAUGUAAAUAUAUCGGUUUAUUUCAAUAAAAUUUGAAGUGAU